AUGUCGCGUAUGGACCGGGCAGCGCCGCAGCUCGUCGGAGCACCAACGGAACAGUCACAAGGGGGCGACGGAGAUUGGAAGAAGAAUCUAUCCGGCAAACUGCAAGAGGCGGGUCCUUGCUAUGCUCGACUUUUGGGCAGCUCUGAGCGAUGCCUGUGGCACUAUGAACUGCUGGGAACACCGGGCGCAGCUGCAACGGUCGUACUCCUCCCAGACCACCUGAACGGGGCAGCGGGGCUCCGUGCACUCGCCUCGGUCGUUGCUCGCUGCGGAUAUAGAGUUUUGCUUUUAGACUGGCCUGAGCAUGUGCAUACGGUGGAGGCUUUUAUUAAGAGUCUCGAGAAGCUGCUGGAAGUCCUGGCUGCGGCGGAUGCGGUAUGUAGAAGCGCGCACUUUCUUGGUGUCGGCCUGGGGGCUCUUCUUGCGCUAUCUUUCGCUCAGCAUUGCCCAGACCUUGUUGCGUCUCUCAUGCUUGCUGGGGUACUUUGGCGACGCCAGACUCUAUCGAGACUGCUUUCGCCGUGGUCCUUGGCUGGUCGAGUUUGCGCAGCCAACAGCUUGCUACCUCGCUGCAUUUUCGAGGAGCCUCUCCUCGAGUCUGGGCUGCUAACCUUUGCCAGUACAACGGAGCGUCUCCAAAUGCAGCUGCUCAUAAGGGAACGCAUACGGCAGUCGACCAGAGGAAGCCUCUGUACGCGCUUGUGCCUGAUGCGCUCAGGCAAGGACCCAGGGACGAUUCGCUUGCCCGAGUCACGAAUAUCGCUGAUCACGUGUCUGCCGCGCAGUUGGGAUGCGGUUUAUUUUGCCUCUUCAUCAGGUCUGGGUCGGUCACAGAACCUGCGUUGGCCCUUCACCGAUACGAAACUCCAGCACAGGGUACUGCAGUCGCCGUGGGUGCAAAGCUACGAGGAGACAACCCCAGUCGACGGAACCCACGCUGGUGGCCUCCUGAGACGUGCUUUUUGUGCUUACUGGAGAUCCUGGCGACUCGGCAGCGGCGACCGAGAUUCUGCAGCGCAUCCAGGACAUGGACCUGACACAGCAGCGUUCUUGCUCCUGUUUCCCCGAGCCCGCCGUGCGUAUCUGAAAGGCGCUUUUACGAACUAUCCUUUCCUGUGGUCCGCAGAUGCCUUUAUUCUGCAUGUGCUGGUGCAUCUACGUCGCCAACUGGAUCCACCGCAGCAGUUGCUUCUGCUGCAGCGGUACCGAUCUCUCCCUUUGGGGCAUCUUAAUACGAUACCAGAAAAAACGGAUGCAGCUCCCAUGAGACCACUGAUGCACCAACAGACGAGCGUUUCAAACGCGAACGCGGAACCUAACCACGACACGAGAUCAUCGGACUGGAACCACGAAGACUUUAUCAGGAUCGUCAGCCCCGCGUCAGCCACAACCUCCUGGGCGACCGUUUACGCUUCAGCUGGCUCGACGACGCUCACGGAUGUCACCCAAGAUAUUUGGUCUGAGGAUGCCAACGAGACAGAGGUUUCAUCGAGCUGUGAGUCCACCUGCUCCACCACCAGUCGCGAUGUACGCAUCAUGCGAGACGCUCUAGCGUAG